GCCAGUUCUGUGCCUCCGCGCUCUACAGACAGUCUGUGCCCAAUCGUACGCUUGAGCGCGCGCAUUUCGGAUUUCGAACACAGCGCGCGUCUUUAACUUCGCAAAAAGAAAAAAAAUAGGCGCCAUAUUUUAACUUAUUCAGAAAUAAAUAGUGUUUUAUUUAAGUUUUUCUAAAUUAAUAUGAGAACUAUGGCUAGUGUGUGGUUUUCUGUGUUAGUGCUCGUUUCGGUUCAGCAAGUUUUCGGGAACGUAUGUUCGAAGGAUAAUUCGGAGUUAAAUUGCAACGAAUGUAUCAGAUGUGGAGGCAACUGGUGCAACGAAAUAGGGUCAACGCACUGCGUGACCACCUUGGAAGACGGAUGGUGUCCAAAUGACCAAGAGAUGCUGCUUGAUAUGGAACCAAUGUCGAAAGCUGGUAAAAAGGUCUCGCCGGUCUACGCAGAGCGCUCGCUCUACGUCUUGAAGCCAGAUAGAAUGGACAUCGAGUACGUCGCUACAGACGAACUACCGAUUAAAAUGGGAAUCUCCAACACAACGCAGACCUCAAAGUUCCAUAUACGAACAUACGAUACGAAAUGCAGAGACAACAAAUGUAGGACGACGAUCGAAGCCACUCCGCUGCAGGACUUCUGUUCAGCCACGGGUUCCACCGCUGAAUUCGUCUUCGUCACUAUUAGCGUCGGCCAUUUAGCUAAUGUGACGGUGAAGUACUUUGUCCCAUGCGCGUGCGAGUGCAGUCUGAAGGUGGAUACCAAUUCGGCAACUUGUAACGGCCAUGGCGACCUGUCUUGUGGUGCAUGCAAGUGCCACCCAGAAUGGACUGGCGAAUUCUGUAACACCCCAAUCUGCCCGAAAGGACGCGGUGAUGUCCAGUGUACGAACCCUGAUUUCAGUUAUGCGGAAUGUUCCGGCAACGGCUACUGCGGCCCUUGCGAGACCUGCAUCUGCUACACCGACCGCGUAGGCUCUCAGUACUUCGACCAAGAGGAAUACUGCGCAGACAUCUGCAUGAUCAGCAGUCAGUGCGAAGACUGCCUCCUAAACAGUACCGCCGGGGACUGUGAGAGCUGUGUCCACAACAUGAUCGUGCAAAACUUCAAUGAAUCCGUUAGAGAAACUAAAGAUCAUUUAAAUAGGAAUGUUUGGGUAGCCUGCAAUGAAACUGUCAAUGAUUGCCAUAUUGACUACUAUGCUAGAAAGGCUGAAGAUAAAACGAUCUACCUCAUGAUCGAGAGAACCUGUAACGACAUUAACUCCGCACCGAUUGUUGCAACACCUAAAGUGAGCAUUAUCCUGGGAGUCCUGGGCAUCUUAGCAGCCGUAGCGGCAAUCGGAGGCGUGAUGUUAUGGAAACACAUGAACGCGAUCCCUCCAGUCCCGCUCAACGACCCACAGUACCAGAACAUUGACGCCGAAGACUGCCGCGGAGAGAACCCGCUCUACAAACCGCCUACCUCCUCCUUCAAGAACCCCACCUACGGCAAGUGGUAGUUUAUGGUGUUACCUGCUGGCUGAAUCAUCGAAAGAAGAUCAGGGUCAAGCGGACUCGAGGGGUCUUUGCAAACGUCUCUACAUUACACAUUUGUGAAAGUAACUUUUUGCAAUGUACCUACCUAUGAAAGUAUUCUUCUUUGUCGUGACUGCAAAUGGUUACAUUUCUAUAAGCAAGUAAUUCGUUUGUAAUCGGGCCCCUCGCUGUCCAAUAUUCCAUUCCACACUGCCUGUGAUCAACACCAGCGCGAUGAAGAAAUUACAUUCGUCCGGUGUUCGUGUCGCAUACUGUAACUAGAAUACAUUUUAUACCGUAGUUGUAAGUGUUAAGGUCGGUUCACACACCGCCGCGUUGCCAACACGUCCCGACAGGAGCGGGAUUAAAAUAUCGUUGCAUACGUUUUGCAUAUGAUCUGCCGCUUCGUCCAUUAGUGGGUAUCACUCGACGUUUUCUCCUCACUGCCAGACACUGAACGUCUGACGUCACAGGGAAGAGAAACAUCUUCACUUAAUGCUUACGCGGGUUAUUUGAUGUUUGUUUAUAUAUGUGACUGUUCAAUGUCAAGCGCAGAGUAUGCAGCGUGGUGAUCUGUGCACCGACAUUACGAAUUAUGUAAUUAAUACCUCUGUGAUAUUUAAGAUGAUUAAAUAAGAGACGUCGUGAUGAGUCACCGCGUGGCGCUGUUUGAUUUGUAAUCUAACAGUAAACACAAGCUGUAUUGAACGCUCGGUUGACGCAUAAUAAAACAACGUAUUCAUGAUACGAGUUAAAUCUUUUAGUAUUGUGUAUUAGGUGCGCAAGCAAGGUUAAUUCGAAUGAGUAAACAAUGUGAUUCACCAUCGGACAAGUUACGCGCUAACAUUGACAAAUGUGAAGCAGAGUAACAUUUUCCUGUCCUUCGAAAUGACUGAUUUCAGAAGACAACUCUUUGAAAAGUCUGUAUAAGAAUAACGUUAUGCAUUCUAUUGUGAUGUCGGCUUGACUGAGUAACGCAUAUAACUUACUGAAGCGAAGUAACAAGACAGCUUUGUACUCUUAAGACAUUAGUUGACCUAAUGAAUGAUUUGUAGAGAAAGCAACGCGAAAGUUGAUGCUUUAGUGAUUUUUAUGUAGGUGUGUUACAAUAGCUUGUGGGUAGAUAUAUUCUGCGAUCGGUUGGACCACUUUGAUGACUAACGGGUCUUAACCAGAUUUAAAAUAAAGUUUGCCUAGUGGCCGUAUUCGUGUAGUCACUCAGUCGUCAUGGCUAUUAUUGUAUUAUUCAUUAUAAUUAUGACUACAUGUCUAUUAUUACAUGUCACCCGUAAUAAUAUAAUUUUCUAAGUAGGUAAGUUGUAAAUAAGUUCCUACAAAGAUUGAUUUAUUUAGAAAAAUAUUGUUUUAAAUUAUUAAUUAGAAAAUGUAUCAUUCGGCACGAUCAACCAAAGUUAUUAAAAGCAAUAUUUCGUUAAUGUUAUUGGAAAUAAUUAAUGAAAAAAUUAUUAACGUUGUCAUGGAUUUUUAACAUUAUACAUUAUUUUUAAUAAUUCUGAAUCAAUGAACAUUAGUAGGUAGAUGAAACAUUUUUGCAUUUUUUAUAUGCGUUAUUAAACUUACAUCUCCCGAAACGAUCUAACAUUUAGAAAUAAUAUCGCUUACUUAAUUUCAAUUAAAUUAAAGGAACUAAUAUUGAAUCUCACGUAGCUUUCGAAUCUCAUUUGGCCUCGACAUGAGUCCCAGUCUCAAUAAUGUGGACAAUUGUCACCGCUAUCAAGUGCAUUGUACUUCCGUUAGACAUAUUAUGUAAAUAUAUUCCAAUGUACUAAGUAAAUUGUAACGAAUAUUAGAUAAGCAUUUGUAAAUAACUAUAAUCUUCCAUACUUACAUACGUAUAGCUUGUAGAACUAAAUUAUUAACAUCACAUGCCGUACCUAGAUAUUAGUAAUCUCAUUAUGUUAAGUGUUAUUGUAUUUGCGUGAAAUCUCGCUGAUGUCUACAUUACCAUGAUUAUAAGCGCAUUUUGUAUUUUUGUACAUUUGUAUCACUUGUUAAGCUAGUCAGUAAAAUAUCAAAAACUAUC